ACAAAGAUCUCCACUCUGAAACCAAAGUCUCCCUUUGAAUUGCUAGUUUCCCGGGGAAAUGUCGGCCGGACUUGUAAAAUGUACCACAAUCCGCUGCAUUGUGAGGCUCCGGCAAAUGCUGCGGCGGUGGAGGAACAAGGCUCGGAUGACAGCCACCCGCAUCCCAUCCGAUGUGCCGGCGGGGCACGUGGCGGUAUGCGUCGGGACGAGUUGCAGGAGAUUCGUGGUGCGCGUGUCGUACCUCAACCACCCCAUCUUUAAGAAUUUCCUUAUCCAAGCCGAGGAAGAGUACGGGUUUAGUAAUCAAGGCCUGCUGACGAUCCCCUGCGACGAGUCCGUUUUCGAAGAAGUCAUCCGGUUCAUUUCCCGCUCGGAUUCGGGUCACUCGGGUGGGUUCUUGGAAGACUUUAAAGGGAAGUGCCACUCGGGAAUCAAGAGUAAAUUUGAUUUGUGGGUGGAAUCUCGACCGUUACUUCAUGGGUUUUGCGACAAAACCUUCUGAUAAUAUUACAAACAUUGAAACAGACUCGGGGGAUUCCGACUCAUUUCCGAGUUAUUGAACUCUGUUUAAAACUUGAAACCAAUGAGUUGGACCGUGCUGAGGAGCCGGAUACUAAAAAUCUAGAGUUACGAGUUUUCACUUGCCUUAAUGACAAAGGUAAGUUGGCGGGGUUAUAACUUUUUGUCCUUUCUUUUUCAAUUUUUUUUUGUAAUUGGUUGAAUUCGGGGGUAAAAUAAGCUGAGCCGAGCCAAUGUAUAAUGCCCGAGUAGAAUGAGUAAUGACG